GUCACUUCUGCCACAGCAUUCCGAAAAGCCUGCCGUAGUCCUUUUUACCCGCCAAACCGUUUGACCAUCAGUCCCGAAUCAUGGCCGCCGAUACCGCCCCCGCCGACUCGCUCUACUCGCGCAUGGGGGGAGAGGCCGCCGUGGAAAAGGCUGUAGACGUCUUCUAUGAGCGUAUCGUUGCGGAUCCGCAGCUCGCGCCCUUCUUCGCCAACGUUGACAUGAAGAAGCAGCGCCGCAAACAGGUCGCCUUUAUGACUUACGUGUUCGGCGGCUCGGGCGCCUACGAGGGUCGCGACCUGGGCGCCUCCCACCGCCGCCUGAUCCGCGAGCAGGGCAUGAACCACCACCACUUUGACCUGGUGGCAGCCCACCUGGACUCCACCCUGCAAGAGCUGGGGGUUGCGCAGGAGCUCAAGGCCGAGGCAAUGGCCAUCGUGGCAUCUGCCCGCCCGCUCAUCUUCGGGACCGGCGAGGCCGGCGCCGCCAAUUAGAUAGGCCCAAGGAGGUCGGCCGCAAGCUUGUACGAAGUGGCAGCUGUCGGCUGGGACGCGGGGAACGUGGCUCCGGUACGAAGCUGGAACUCGCACGUGGCGCUGACGUGGGGCGGCGGCAGCCGGCAGCGCAUUAGGCAGCAGUGCGCAGCUGACUGCUGCUGUGGUGCUUGCGCUUGCAUCAUGGCACAGGGGGCACAGCUUUAUGCACAAUAUCAUGGGGCGUAAAUGAUGUGAUUGUGAGUGAUGGACUUGAAAUUUUGUUUUGCGCGCCCCAGCAGGUUUGGGGGCCGCGUGCGUUGAACAACUUAUGAUCUUACAUCACAACCCUACCCGCACAAAUGACGCGAACGCGUGAUGACUGAUGAUGAUUGAGGAGUGGCAUGUGGCGCUCUAUGGUUACGUAUCUGCUUGGCUGGAUGAGGCCGUCCGUACAAUAACAUAACUAUGCGCGUGCGUGUGCUUUUCAGUAAUAAGCCCCUGCUGACACGAUUUGGCUGGCGCUGCGCAAGAUGCUUGUUGCGAGAGCAAGCAGAGCGGUGAAGUGUAGUAACAGUACAGGGUACAUGUAUGUGAAUGUCGAAGCAGCAGUGAAAGGCAUGAGAGAAAUGCUUGCUAGGAUGGACUAGCGUAUUCGGUGUGGGAGUGCCCGCGGUGUGCAUGUAUGUACUGGCGGCUGACGGGCUGAUGAAUAAUCAUGAUCAUUGAGACAUAGGUUUGAGAGGCGAGGAAGCACGAACCGGAUGCGUGAACGGAGCUGCACCAGCAGACCCGCUGACCUGAACUGGUUUCCCGCAUUGGCACCCUGUCCGCUGGCGGGGUCGGGCAUUGCUAGUACAUAGAUUUUGUUACAGACACAGGACAACGGGUGCCCUGCAAUGACUGCAUUACCCGGAGGAUGAGUCAACAUGUAACAGCAGCCCAAG